UUAACACCCUUCUACUGUAUGAAAGUGAAAUAUUUAUAAUUAUACUUUUUGACAAACUUAAUAAAAUUGUAAUAAUAAUCAGAAACAAAAUGUACCAAAAUUAACCAUAUAUAAAUUUUAAAAUUAUAUCCAAUUUGUAACAAUAUAUUGUGCUUUUCCAAAAGAAAUGUCUGCAAGUCAUCAAAUAAUACAUGCCCUUUCAGAAGCAACAGCCAUACGUUUAUUUAAUAGUGUAGUGGCCACAGAUCAAGCUAGCGAAAGGCAAGUUUUUGUCAUACAGCGGCAAACGGCUCAAAGAAUGCAACAAAAUUCAAUUGAAUCCAUUAGAUCUAGCAAUGAAUUUAACCAUUCAUGUCGUAUUUGUCGUUGGAAUCGUAGUGAUAUGGAAAUAACAAAAUGUCCUUGCCUGUGCAAAGGAAGUGUGGGCUUUAUACACUUGCAAUGUUUAAAAAGAUGGAUUAUGCAAAGACGUGAUAAUCAUUGCGAGAUUUGUAAUGCUACCUUUAAUAUACCAGAGGAAAAAUUUAGCUUACGGCGCAUAUUGAAAACAUUUUUUGGCCAUUGCGCUGCUCCCAUAGCCAAACACUUGCUUUAUUGUAUUUCCCUACUGCCCUUAACGCACAUUAUACUACAACAGGUGGUCAUAUGUAUGGAAAAUAUCAAUUUAAGUCCUCAAGAACAAUUGACCAUAAAGGAAGUGGUUUUGGCUUCCAGUGCCCUUAUGACUUCAAGUGCCUUAUUCUUUCAUUUUUUUGAGUUUAUUGCAACACGUUUAAUUCUAAUACGCAACAUUUUAAGGCACUGGUGGAUGUUUGGUAAUGCCUCGGAUUUUGCGCUCAUUCCAAUAGAAAGUGAUAUAUUGGAUUUAUUUAGACAAUAGAAAAAUUAUCAUGAAAAACUUACCAACUUUAUAUUCUCCAUAAUAUUUAUAGUAAUUUUAACACUUUUUUAGCACUUAUUUCUUUCUAUUUAAUAAAAAUUUAAUAAUUUAAAA